CACCGCGUGUGAGGAGAGCCGGGCCGGGCCGGGCCGGGCCGGGCGUGCUGGCGGGGCUCAGCCCCGGGAGGGGGAGGCAGUGAAGCUACCAGAACUCCUCACAGACCCCCAGCUUAUCCCAGGUGUACAAAAAUAAUGUGCCAGGUGACAGCCACCAGCCCGCUACAAGACUGUCACAAUGAGUUUUAUUGAAUACGGCGACACGAUAAAGGAUGGUGACACAGCUAUUGUGUUCUUGGGCCACGAAUCCAUGUUCCCUGUGAAAGUCCAACAUGGGACUGUAACUCAGACUAAGUACGGGGUCAUCCGGCAUUCCAUGGAUCUCAUAGGCAAGAAGUAUGGCUCCAAAGUGACCUGCAGUAAAGGAGGAUGGGUUUUUAUUCUUCAUCCAACUCCAGAGCUGUGGACCAUGAAUCUUCCACACAGGACACAGAUUCUGUAUUCCACUGACAUCUCUAUAAUCACCAUGAUGUUAGAACUUAAGCCGGGCUCCAUAGUCUGUGAAUCAGGUACAGGCAGCGGAUCCCUCUCCCAUGCUCUCAUCAGGACAGUGGCUCCCACAGGGCACCUGUACACGGUGGAGUUCCACCAACAGAGGGCUGAGAAGGCCAGGGAGGAGUUUCGGGAGCAUGGGGUGGAGCAUCUGGUGACUGUGACCAACCAGGACGUCUGCAAGAAUGGGUUUGGUGUCUCAAACAUUGCAGAUGCUGUGUUCCUAGAUAUUCCGUCUCCAUGGGAAGCCAUAGGACAUGCAAAGGCAGCGUUAAAAGCUGAAGGUGGCCGCAUCUGCUCGUUCUCCCCCUGCAUUGAACAAGUCCAAAGAACCUGCCUAGCAAUGGAGGAAUACGGUUUUACAGAGAUUAACACCUUGGAAAUUCUGCUCCGAGUGUACAACGUAAGGACAAUUAGCUUGCAAAUCCCUGACCUUGGAAAAGCAGCCGAGGAUAAUUCUAGCGCUGGCUUUGACAGCAGCAACCCAUCAAACCAAGGUAGCCCGUGCACUAAUCUGCAGCAAGGAACUGUGCAGUUCAAAAGCGGUGUGCCGCAGAGGGAAAUGGUCGGCCACACUGGGUACCUGACCUUUGCCACUAAGAGCCUCUUUUAGUCCAUGUUGAGUUUGUGCAGUUUGGAGUGCCUUGUGUGUUUGUGUGUGUUUGCUGUUUUCAUGGUUCCUUUUUGUAGGGCGUCCAAAUUUUUACUUGUCAGGGAAUUCCAUAUAUAGUCAGAUUUGGUUGGAAUAUGCUUUGUUUAAAUAGCACACAAGCAUUAAGCAGAGCAGCAUUAAGGGAAUGCUGGAACUCUGGAACAGUGCUCCACUUGCCAUCAGAAAGAAGAUAAAUUAAUAGGGAAGGGCCAUUCACUAGAAUCUGCAGAAUAAAGAUCCCUCCUGAUAAGAAAGUAAAACAAACAGCAUACUAAUCACAAAUACAUUGGGAUUUUUUUCCUCCUCUUUAUUGAAUUACUUUCCUGGUUUUAUGUUUUUAUUUUUUCUGAGCACCACUAGAUACUUUUUUUAAAAAAAUAACCUUCUCCUUAACACACUUUCACUAACUAGUGUGUGUGUUUUUCUUAGGAAUGUGAAAGUGCCUGCUUGCUUCGUUUUAGAUAUGAAAGUUGCAAGGUCAUGCGUUUGCCAGCAUGGUUGAUCACAGAAUCAGUGUUUCCUUGGAGCAGAGUUCAGCUGCACAGAGGGUUAUUGGCAGCACUUGGGAGCACAGCCUCUUACUCCGUUCUGGCAUCUGCAAAUCAUUUCGGUUACACAGAGGUCAAAUAAGCAUGCUAGUUGUUGGAUUUGGAUUAAAAUAGUAGAUUGUGAUCAAUUUGUAGUAGAAAUUUGGACCUGGCUUUGUACUGUAAUCUUCUAAUAGAUCAUCAGCUGUCAUUGUUGAUGAGUCCACUGUGAAUAUUCACUGAAUGACUGGUUAAUGUUAUCUGAACACCUCUUUGUAAGCAGUGUGGCUGAGGUUCAGUUUGCUUGGUGUUUUAUGUGCAUUAUGGUGUGUUAUAUUCCUGCAGCUGAAUAACAAAAAUGUUGCUUUCGGCAAGAUUUCUGUCUCCAAAUUGCAACAAUAAUGCAAACUUAGUAAAAUCAUCAACCAGCUUCAUUAAGUAAGGUUUUAGACUUUUACUCUUCCAUUUACUCUUCAGUCUUCCAUAUAAAGCUGGUGGGUGUGAUGAACUUCUUGAAUGCUGGAUUACAUUUUAUAUUCACAGAGUAAAAUAAUUAUGCAAAUAUA